AUUAUAAAACGUUGGUUAUUGAGUCAUUUGUGCACGUUGGUUGUUAGUGAGAAGGGAGGGGGAUCACACAACAAAAACUUAAACGUAAAAUUGUCUUCUCUUGAGAGAGUCAGUUAUUUAAGGAAGGGUUGAGAAGGAAGUCUUUACUGUUAUUCGUAUGCAUUGUGGUAAGCUCAACGAAGCCUAACUUCGAAUAAGUGCCCAUUGUGUCGGUUUCGCAGCGACAGCUCGUUUGUGGACGUGGCUCACGUUAAAUGGCAGGUUUGGUGAUGGAGGCGACCUUUUAUGACGAAGCUCUCUCUCGCCACAAAUCUGAAAUGCGAAUGUUGAAAAGAAAUAUGACACUGGACCUUAACAAUGUUAAACAAAAUUCUCGUCAGAAAUUUGAUCCUCUUCUCACUUCGCCCGACCUGAAAAUGUUAAAGUUAAAUACACCAGAACUAGAGCGUUUUAUCACACAAAAUGGAGGAGUAAAUUCAACUCCUACACCAUCCCAGUUUUAUUCAAAAACUGGUAAUGAAGAACAAGACUAUGCUAGAGGAUUUUUGGAAGCACUGAACCAUCUACAUCAGUGUACAGCACCUAGUGCAGGUAAUGUCAUUCCCCAACCAGUAUCCACGGAUACGCUUUCCCUUUCCUCCGUUACGACGGAGACUAACAGCACGUGUACCCUCUUAUCUUGCCAACCUCCAACGUUUGCUCAACCCAGUGUCACUAUGUCAAUCUCCGACUGUAUGCACCCAUCAGUCUUACAACCCUCCCAAUGUUCUACAACGAAUGGGCAACAUUACACGGUCAGUUCGAACGUCGGGUACCCGGAAUGUCGGACAGCAACAACGACCGUAGCCACAAAUAGCAGCUACUUCCGAGGUUUAGUGAAGGAUGAACCCCAGACAGUGCCAACCAUCGGCCAAUCCCCGUCGCCGAUAUCACCUGUUGACAUGCAGGACCAAGAAAGGAUUAAACUGGAAAGAAAAAGACAUCGUAAUCGUAUCGCAGCUAGUAAGUGUCGUCGACGUAAGCUCGAGCGAAUCUCUAAAUUGGAAAAUAAAGUUUCAUUUAUGAAAGGUGAGAACAGCGAACUAAGCGUAGUGGUAAACAAACUCCGAGAUCAAGUUGCUUCUCUAAAACAACAAGUGUUGGAACACGUUAACAGCGGGUGUCAGAUUAUGAACACUAAUAUGAUGACUUUUUAACAAAUUUGUAGUAUUUUUUAUUCAUAUUGUAUAUAUAUAAUAUAGCCCUAUAGCUUUAAGUUUCAAACUGAUUGUCAUUUUGACUAAGUUUUCAAAUUCAUUAUGCAAUAAGUUUAGCAAUAUUACUAUUAGUGCUAGUAUCAAACAUCUGAAAAGCUGACAUUUGUAGAAUUAUAGGCCUAAUUAAUUAAGCCUAAGUUUUAACAAUAGUGUGAUGCAAGGUUUGAUGGUGUGCUGGCUUCCAAAAAAAAUGAAGUGGCCUUUGAAUUCUGCUCAGUUAUUUUGCAAUUUUAUAAAAAUUUAACUUUUCUCAGAAAAUUGCCUCCAUAACUUAGAGAUACAUUAUAACUUUUUCGUGUUUUCUCUCAAACUAUGUGAUGAACAUUCUGUGAAAGGUCUAUAUACAUUCAUAGUAAGUGAUAAUAUUGUAUAUUCAUUUAUACAAUCAUGAUAAUCUAAGCCAAGCCUAACAACAUGUAAAUUGACUCGUGAAUUUUUAUAAAGGUGUUGGUCUACCUUAUUUUUUGAUAAGAUAUACAAUUUUUGCAUGAUGUUUUGCUAAAGAACGUUUUUGUAAAGUGCUCUUAUUAUAACGUAAAGCAGUUUUUAUAGUAUUUGUAUAAACCUCGUUUAUUGUACAUCGUGCAUUUUGUAAACAAACGACUCCUUUGUAUUUGUACAGAGGUAAGUUAAAUUCGACAGUAAUGCCAGGAAGUUAUAAAUAAUUUCCUCCACGUACUUAAUGUUUCUUCACCUUAAAAACAGGCGAUUAACUUUUUGUAUAAAGAAUACUUUUUUAAUGCCUCGUACCAGCAAAUAACGUUUUAUGUACCAAUAACACAUUUUCAGUUCUUAUUUGUCCUGGUAAACACACACAAAAAAAAUUGUUGCUGACCUAAAAGUGCGUUAAAUAUUCAUUUGAAUGUAUAGUAUAUAAUUUGUCAUAGAUUUGUUAUCUAUGGAGGCCGCCAUAGAACGCCGGCGUCGGCUGUAUUUGAAUGUCGCCGUCAAUCGAUAUGUCGGAUUACUAUAUCCAGACAGAGUUAUCGAUCUUUUUUACAUCACCGGUACUAUACAAUUCACACACUUGCUCAACUUCUCUGGGCCCAGAAUAAUCGUUAAAAGAGCAAAUAUAUAUUAGUAACUUAUAUAACUGUUUAUUAUGGAACUUGAGAUAACUUCGUCCAAAAAACAGCCUAAAAUCCAUGAUUUACAAAAAAA